AUGUAAUAUCAAUUUUUUCGGUAUCUCAAAUAAUCAAAUAACCAUCACAUGAAUCAUCAAUCUCCAAGAGAAGUUGACCCAGCUUGAUUGGAUCUUACGUACACGUAUACCGAGCUCCUUCAACCCCCCAUAUAUUCAAUCUCUCGGUUUCCUUUUCAUAUUUUCUCAUUAUUUUUGCGAUAUGGGUCAAAUUCUGGAAAAACUUCAAGGCAAGCAAUGGAGAGAAAAGCAAAUAAGAAAAAUGAGUGACAGGGUUUUCGAUUAUUACACGAAUGAUUCCGGACGGGCAUAUAUGACAUUUGAGGAAUUGUACAUUGCUGUUUUACUUGUGUACAAUGAUAUCAAUAAGCGUUUGCCUGGGCCUCACUUUGAUCCGCCUAAGAGGGAUGAAAUCAGAAACUUGAUGAAGGAAUGUGAUAUGGAUCUUGACGGGGGACUAAACCGUGAAGAAUUUGUGGAAUUUAUGAAAAAGCUAACAGCCGAUACGUUUGUGUACGUUACUCAAGGACUGAUAAUCACUCUAGCCGUGGCACCAACGGUUGCUAUAGCCACAAAGAGAUCGACUGAGGGUGUUCCCGGCGUUGGGAAAGUGGUUCAGAAAUUACCAACUUCGGUAUACGCAAGCCUCAUCACUCUGGGAGUUAUGAUGAUCACAAAGGCAAGCGAGUAAAUAAAUAAAAAAUAUAGUAGUAAAAUUUCAAGUUGUUGAUUUGGUGUUUUUCAUGUUUUUUUUUGAUGUUUUGUAUUUGUAACUAUAAUAAUUAUGUAAUUUGAAACUUAAUUGCAAUUAAAGGGCAUUUGUAUUUUUGUAAGAUGCAUGUA